AUGGGCUUGCGGAUGAGCGGAAACGCGCUGGGAAUGGCUGAAGAUUGGCAGGCGGAAGCGGAAGUGGAAUCGGAAGCGGAGGCGGAAGCCGCUUCAGCUUCCCCGCGCGUUAAAGGAAGUGGCGGAGCGAGAAGAGGUUCCGCGGGCGGGGAAGCGGCUGAGGGGAUCACGAUGAGCGAGGAGGAGGUGGAUGCGCUGAUUCGUGACUAUGGCGGGGGUGAAACAGCGAUGAACGUUGAUUGGACGCAGCCGCGCUCGUUACUGCCGGCGAAAGAGGAGCUACGAUUGGCCGAACUGAUACAGCGCGGGAAUGAACUGGAGGAGCGAGCUAAGAUUGCUGCAGCCACUGCUAAGCCGUCAGGCUCGGCAGCCGUAGCAGCAGCAACAGCCUCAUCUGGUCGUGAAGUUAAUGCAACUCGUGAGGUUGCUGAGGGCUUCGCAGAUGCGCGUGGGGAUGGGGAAGCAGACGGAUAUGGAGAAGCUGAUGCGAGCAUCGCACAAUCGGAACAACAGCAGCAUGUGCAGCAGCAGCAGCAGCAGCAGCGGCAUGUGCUGUCGCAUGCGGAAUGGGCAGUGCUUUGCAAUCUGACUCCCAAGCAGCUGCACCGACAACUGCUCGCCGCUCAGGCUGCCCGAACCAAGCUCGUUCUGCACAACCUUCGCCUCGUGCUAUCCAUCGCUCAAUCGUUCCGCCUCUCCACGGGAGCCGAUUUCGUCGCCAUCUGUCAGCGCGGCCUCGAGGGUCUCACCACAGCGGCCCGCCGCUUUGAUCCCGCCAGGAAGCUGCGCUUCUCCACCUUUGCCACCCACGCUGUCCGCACAGCAAUCAUACGUGCUAUUCCCUCCACUCAGUUCGUGCGCAUGCCUGCUAGGAGCUCCAUGACCCUCAUUUCAGUGCGCAAGGCAAGAGCAGCAGUGGAGAACCGACUAGGCCGUAAGGCCACUGUAGCAGAGGUGGCAGCAGAGGCCGGCCUCUCUGCCGCCCAGUGCCGUGCCGCCCUUGCCGCCCCUCUCGUCACGCGCCCCGUCUCCCUGCACGCCGCGUCGCGGGUCACAGGGCUUGCACUGGAGGACACUAUAGCGAGUACGGAUGGUGGUGAGGGUGGCUUGGUUGCCACAGGCCCUGCCACUACCAGUGCUGCUCUUUCUGCAUCAACUGCUGCUGCAACUGCUGCUGGUGUUGGUGCUGCUGGUGCUCCUGCAACCGCUGCAACUGCUGCUGUUGGUGGUGCCAGUGGUGAUGGCGGUGUGGGGAGCAGCAUGAGUGCACAGGGAGGCGCACUGGGGCACACACGGGCAGCCCUUGUUGCCGUGCUUGACACGCUACACCCACACGAGGCCACCGUGCUGAGGUGGCGCUUCGGGCUGGGCGGCAAGGACGGCGAGGGCGUGGGGGAGGUCUUAACCCUUCGGCAGAUAGCGGCCAAGAUGGGUCUGUCAUAUGAGAUGGUUCGGCGAUACGAGGCACGGGGCCUGCUGAAGCUGCAGGUGCCGGCACGAGCCCAGGCGCUGCAGGAGAGUCUUCAGGGGGAUUUGUGA